UUUUUGUUAGUGUUGUAGUUUUUCUGAGAUUUAUUUCGAACAAAGAGAGCAGCGUCUUAAUUGCAGAGAGACUUGUAGGCUUUUUGUGUUUUUGGGUUCGGGCUUCUGGAAAGAAACUCGAAAAGCCAAGUGUAUUUGUUUUGUUUCUUCUGCUUUUCCUUCUUUUUUUUCAAGCUUCAUUUCUUAUCUUACCAGAUUCGCUUUCAUUUUUUUUUUUUGGCUCUUUUUCCAGUGAAAAUGGAACAAAGGGACGUAGAGAGCUGGAAAGAAUUGGCGAAGAAGAUGCUUCCUCCAGGUGCUUCUCUACCUGAAGAUUCUUCUCUUGAUUACUCAAUAGCUAUGGAGUACAAGGGUCCUCUGGUUCCUUAUGAUGUUCCUAGAGUUGAACCCCUCGAUGUGAACACUUGUACAAUUCCAACCUCAGAACCCCUUUCCGAAUCACAAAGAUUAGUUGCUAAUGCAAGUGCCCCAGUGUUUGAACCAAUUCCUCUGCCAGUAUCUCAUAUAGCUGGUGGUGUCACAGGUUCACCCACUCAGAGUCCAAGGUUAUCAGCAAGCUCAGAGUCAGUAGUGUCUGUCUUGCAAAACCCUGAUUUUUCUUCGGCCUCACCUUCGGCUUCUCCUGGUUCCAUUCACAAUCCUCCAAGUAACCCUCCAAAGCAAGUGAAUGAAGGAAGGAGGGUGCAAGUUGUUACAUUUACUACCAUUGAUAGAUCUGAGAGUAAAAAGGUUGAUGCUGAGGGACCAGUUUAUCCUGAGUUUGUUGGGAUUUCAAAAGAAAAGAAAAGAAAGAAAAGAAGGGUUUGUUAUCGUUGUGGAAAAGGGAAGUGGGAAACUAAGGAGUCAUGUCUGGUCUGUGAUGCAAAGUAUUGCAGUAACUGUGUACUUCGAGCAAUGGGAUCGAUGCCAGAAGGGCGUAAAUGUGUGACAUGCAUUGGUGAGCCAAUUGAUGAAUCAAAACGAUUAAAGUUGGGUAAGCAUUCAAGGGUUUUAACCCGGCUGCUCAGCCCCUUGGAAGUUAAACAGAUUAUGAAAGCAGAGAAAGAAUGUUCUGCUAACCAGCUUCGGCCGGAGCAGCUAAUUGUUAAUGGGUUCCCCCUAAAGCCAGAAGAGAUGGCAGAAUUGCUUGGAUGUCCUUUACCUCCACGGAAGUUGAAGCCUGGUAGAUAUUGGUAUGACAAGGAAUCUGGUCUUUGGGGAAAGGAAGGUGAAAGACCUGAUAAAAUUAUUAGUUCAAACUUAAAUUUCAUGGGGAAACUUAGCCCCCAUGCAAGCAAUGGGAACACUGAAGUUAUCAAUGGGCGAGAAAUUACAAAACUAGAAAGGAGGGUGCUAAAGCUAGCCAAUGUACAGUGCCCACGUGACACACACUUUUGGGUUUAUGAUGAUGGUCGUUAUGAGGAAGAGGGUCAGAAUAACAUUAGGGGAAACAUCUGGGAGAAGGCAACGACACGGUUUGUCUGUACCUUGUUCUCUUUGCCUGUGCCCCAUGGUCAAUCUCAUGGACCAAGAGAUCAGGCUAGUAAUUAUACCACUGUGACAAAUUAUCGGGAGCAGAAAAGGGUUCAGAAGCUGCUUCUUCUUGGGAUUCAUGGCUCUGGGACCAGCACAAUUUUCAAGCAGGCCAAAUUUUUAUAUGGGAACAAUUUUAGUGUGGAAGAAUUACAGGAUAUUAAGUUAAUGAUACAGAGCAAUAUGUAUCGAUAUCUCAGCAUUUUGCUAGAUGGACGAGAGCGCUUUGAGGAGGAGGCCAUAUCUAAAAUGAAAGCACUAGGUUCCCAUGAGCAAAAUUCUGAAGCAGGUGGAGCAGUUGAACCCAGCGAAUCUAGUCAGUGUAUCUAUUCCAUCAACCCAAGGUUGAAGCAUUUCUCUGACUGGUUGCUUGACAUUAUAGCCACUGGAGAUUUGGAUGCAUUUUUUCCAGCAGCAACACGUGAGUAUGCUCCUUUAGUUGAUGAGGUUUGGAAGGAUCCUGCCAUACAAGAAACAUAUAGAAGAAAAGAUGAGCUCCACUUCCUCCCAGAUGUUGCAGAGUACUUCUUAAGCCGGGCUGUUGAAGUGUCAAGCAAUGAAUAUGAACCUUCGGAACGUGACAUUCUCUAUGCAGAAGGCGUUACCCAAGGAAAUGGCCUGGCCUUCAUAGAAUUUUCACUUGAUGAUCGUAGCCCAAUGUCUGAAACCUACACAGACAAUCUGGAAGCUCCAGCUCAGCAGCUGACCAAAUACCAACUUAUAAGGGUUAAUGCGAAGGGGAUGAAUGAGGGCUGCAAGUGGGUGGAAAUGUUUGAAGAUGUUCGGGUGGUAGUCUUCUGUGUCGCACUUAGUGACUACGACCAAAUGUGGAUUGCUCCAGAAAGUAAUGGGAGUGGAGCCUUGCUUCAAAACAAGAUGAUACAAAGCAAGGAACUUUUUGAGACAAUGAUCAAGCACCCAUGCUUCAAAGACACCCCUUUUGUGUUAAUACUCAACAAGUAUGAUCUUUUCGAGGAAAAGGUAAAUCGCUCACCUUUAACUACUUGUGAGUGGUUCAAUGAUUUUAGUCCAGUGCGGACACACCACAACAACCAGUCAUUAGCCCAUCAAGCCUACUAUUAUGUUGCGAUGAAGUUCAAAGACCUUUAUGCUUCUCUUACCGGCCAGAAGCUCUUCGUCUGGCAAUCUAGGGCAAGGGAUCGAGUGACAGUAGAUGAGGCAUUUAAAUACAUAAGAGAGGUUCUCAAAUGGGCAGAGGAGAAAGAGGAAAACUACUUUGGUGGAGCUGAGGAUUCAUUUUACAGUACAGAUGUGAGCUCCUCACCCUUUGGUAGGCAAUAGUAAAAUGCUAAUGCCAAUGCCAUGCUUCUAAAUUCUUAAUUUGUAUUCUAUUCAUACAUCAAUUUUAAGAUGUAGAGUUGCAUCUUGUGUUGGUCCAAUUAUGAUCCAACCAAUGAUAGAAAUUUUAUGUGUCCUAAAGUUGCCCAAAUUUAAUUGUUCUGUUUCAUUGCAUA